AUGGAUGAGCAUGGUGUCCAUGGCAAGGAGAUUGUCCUCACAGUCCUGGACAGAACCGUAGAAAAAGGCCCUCUAAUGAACGUUGGUGAAGACAGCAGUGCUUCAGUGAAACAGCCCAGAAACAAACAAUAUUUCAGUCGGAGUGGAAAUGUUUUCUAUGGAACAACCUUGAGAUGGGUUUUAUUUGAUGGAUCUAUUCCCAAAGGAGCUGUAUCCAUCUGGAAUGACUAUACUAACAGGCAGGACUAUACUUGCAUGGAAAGAGGCUGUGGUGCUGGUUACUACCAUCCAAGCUAUGGCCCUUAUUGUUACUAUCCGGAGAGCAAUCGAGAACAUGGCACCUCAGUAUUCUGGCUGUUGGUGAACGAAUACAACUUUGAAUCCUUGACAUGGAAACCGGGUUCCAAUGGUUAUGUUCCACACAAUUCAAUCAAUACUUGUCCAGGUGUAGAUGUCUAUGUGGGGAAAAAUCAUUAUGGUUUAGGAAAGGUAGUUACCAAACACAGUGCUUUCUUCCUUGGGCAUGAUGGAAAGGAAUACUGGUAUAAAAACUAUGAUGUCCUGACCAUUAAUAAAGAUUAUCUAUCUCAGAAGAUUAGCAAUGUCAAGUAUAUAAUAGAGCAGGGGACCUACAGCAAUCAACAACUAACCUUGUUUUUCACAAAAGUCACCAACAAUCACUGUGCCUCAGUAAAGAAGAGCACUACCUUAUCAAAGACUGUAUCUUUUGAACACAACUGGGAGUUCGACAUUACCCUUUCAACGAGUGUGAGCACUACCGCAACACUGGGGAUACCUGAAGUCAUUGGGAUGUCUUGGGGGGGUUCAUCAGAAAAAUCCUACAGCUGGACAAAUGGUUUCACGCAGACUGAAACUAAUACGUAUUCUGAAACGGUAGAAGUUGAAGUUCCACCUAACCACAGCUGUGAAGUAGCAAUGGAAGGCAUAAAAAUGACAGCCAAGAUUCCCUUCACUGCCACAGUAACUCAUCACUACAACAAUGGGGAGAAGAAAAGUGCCACCACUCGAGGAGUCAGCGACAAUGUGGUUUUGGCACAAGUACACACAGUAGUGAAGCGAUGCGAACCCAUUGAAAGUGCAGUCCCAUGCCAAUCAUAGUUUAGUGGCACAUAAUCACAAUUCUCUAUGCUACUCUUUAGCAAUUCUCUAUCCUGCAGCAGAAAUCAAGAAGAGAAAAGGUUCUGAUUGGUAACAGGAAGUGAGUUAAGGGCUCAGCUUUGAUAUGCAAAGACCUACUUCAUCAGACAGAGGAAAGAGUGACCUGUCUGAUGAAGUACCAUCACACUAGAACACAUGCAUGUUACCUGGACCUAAAUAAAUUUACUUGGAAAUAAAUGUUGCUUA